AAGGCUUUUUUGUUUUAUCUUCUGGGGCAAUCAAUAGCAGUGCCUCUCUCUCCUGUCUUGGGAGAGCAAGGACAGCCUGUGAGUUGAAGAGAUCAUCCAAAAGCUCACCCUCCAUAUCAAAUGAGUUUUCUUUAUAGUGAUAGACAGAACAAAUUCCCCCUCAACAAUCCCCAAAGAAAAGCUGGAAAAGCUGGGCUAAAGUGUGUCUUUUCUUCCUUUCCUGCUUUCUUUCUCAUCCAGCAUCUUUCACCUUUGUAGCAGAAUCCUCUUUUCCCUUUCCUAUCCCCAAUCCCUUAAUUCAUCCCUUUUCUUUUCAAUUUGUUCAUGGUAUCAAACUUUUGUUGAAAAAUUUCCAACCUUUCUUUGUCUAAGCUCUCAAAGUUGUGUUUUUGAUUCCUUUUUGGUGCAUUAUGUAACUCAAUGGCGCUUCCUCAUUGAAGACUAGAUGUUGAUUCUUUUCUGACCACUUUGUUUUGCAUGUUGUUUUCUUGCUUUUUUGGGAUUAUUAAGUCCAUUUGGAGGUGUUUUUCUCUCUUAUGUGUCCUUCUUCCGUCCUUUCUUUACUCUUGUCUCAAAUUUUCUGAGCCCUUUCUUCUUGAGUUCUGAAUUUUUCUUUGAAUCCUUCUUCCAAUUUGGGAGUUGGUUUCCAUGGGACUCUGCCACGGAAAACCAAUCCAAGACCCCCCAGUUCAAGAAGAAGGCCCUGAGAUUCCCAGCGAUGAGGGUCCCCUGACGAAUGCCGCCACCCCGAAAGCCCCAAAGCUCCCGUUCCUGAGCCCAAGCCCUUUGCCGAGCUCUUACAAGAGCUCACCGGCCAAUUCCAGCGUGAGCUCCACCCCUCUGCGGUUGUUCAAGCGAGCAUUCCCUCCUCCGUCUCCGGCGAAGCACAUCAAGGCUUUGCUUGCUCGCCGCCAUGGUUCGGCGAAGCCGAACGAGGCAACGAUCCCUGAGGGAAAUGAAGCUGAAUUGGGACUGGAUAAGAGCUUUGGGUUUUCAAAGCAGUUCUGUUUGAAGUAUGAGCUUGGUGAGGAGGUCGGGCGCGGGCAUUUUGGGUAUACUUGCUCGGCUGGGGUGAAGAAGGGGGAGUUGAAGGGCCAAGAGGUGGCAGUUAAGGUUAUCCCAAAAGCAAAGAUGACAACAGAUAUUGCCAUUGAAGAUGUAAGAAGAGAAGUGAGAAUAUUGAGAUCUCUCACAGGACAUCAGAAUCUUGUGCAAUUUUAUGAUGCUUAUGAGGAUGAGGACAACGUGUACGUAGUGAUGGAGUUAUGCAGAGGAGGUGAACUAUUAGAUAGGAUACUUUCAAGGGAUGGCAAAUACUCAGAACAAGAUGCUAAGGUUGUCAUGGUCCAGAUUUUAAGUGCUGUUGCUUUCUGUCAUCUCCAAGGUGUUGUACACCGUGAUCUCAAGCCAGAGAACUUUCUUUUUGCUUCCAAGGAUGAGAAUUCUCCCCUGAAGGCUAUAGACUUUGGUUUGUCAGACUUUGUGAAGCCAGAUGAAAGGCUUAAUGACAUUGUUGGAAGUGCGUAUUAUGUUGCUCCUGAAGUUCUUCAUAGAUCUUAUGGUACUGAGGCCGAUAUGUGGAGCAUUGGUGUUAUUGCCUAUAUUCUUCUAUGUGGAAGUCGCCCAUUCUGGGCCAGAACUGAAUCAGGUAUCUUUCGAGCUGUCCUGAAGGCCGAGCCAAAUUUUGAGGAGGCUCCUUGGCCUUCGCUGUCUGCUGAGGCUAGAGACUUUGUCAAAAUGUUGCUGAAUAAAGAUUAUCGUAAGAGAAUUACUGCUUCACAAGCUCUUGGUCAUCCUUGGCUUCGAGAUUCACAGGUUAUUAAACUUCCUAUGGAUAUUAUAGUUUAUAGGCUUACAAAAGCUUAUAUAUGUUCAUCAUCUUUGAGGAAAUCCGCUUUGAGGGCCCUUGCCAAGACCUUGACAGUGGAUCAGCUCUAUUAUCUGCAUGAGCAAUUCCAAUGGUUAGGGCCAAACAAGAAUGGCUAUAUCUCCUUACAAAACUUCAAGAUGGCCUUGGUGAAGAACUCGACUGAUGCAAUGAAGGACUCAAGGGUUCUUGAUUUCGUGAACACGGUAAGUUCUCUUCAGUACCGAAAACUAGAUUUUGAAGAAUUCGUGGCUGCUGCCAUAAGUGUGCAUCAGCUGGAAGGACUAGAAAGUUGGGAGCAAGUUGCACGCCGAGCAUAUGAGUUCUUUGAGAAGGAUGGGAACCGCUCCAUAGUGAUUGAGGAACUUGCAUCGGAACUUGGGCUCAGCCCCUCAGUCCCGGUCCAUGUUGUUCUCCAAGGCUGGAUAAGGCAUUCUGACGGGAAGCUUAGUUUAAUGGGAUUCAUCAAACUUCUACAUGGGGCAUCCUCACGCUCAACUCCAAAGGCUUAGACAAUGACUCAAUCAAAGAAUUCUACUUCUUAUGGAGCAAGACUUCGAGAAGCAUCUAGUUGAAUUGUGAGUCAAGGAAGGCCAAUCAUACCAAACCAUGCAGGUCCAGGACCAAGGCAUGUAAUGAAAAGGGUGAGUUCUUGCCAGGAUCUUGAAGGCUGUCCUGGUCUUUGCGCCACAUCAUUUUUUUUUUGUUUCUCAGUACACAUGGUUUGUGCAGUAAAGCCAUGCAGAGGCAUGUACAGAUGCAAAAAACAGGGAGUCUAAAAGGCUCAAGGAAAUUAAAUCUACGUUUCUGGCUUUUCCACUCA